AUGCCAAAUGUAUAUUUACCUCAAAUUUUAUGGCAUAGUAAAGAUAACAAAAGAAGUGAUCGAAUUUAUUCUUUAGAUAUUCAACCAUAUCCAAAUUAUUAUAGUGUUAAAAAAUUAAAUAGGAAAUAUGAAUUGUUUAUCAAAUAUUUAAAAGAAAAAGGAAAAAUAGAAUGUAAUAAAUUCGACACUUUAGAAGAAAAACAAAAAAUUAUAAAUGAUUCAACAUUACCCUCUAAUAAUAAUUAUAAUAAUAGUAGUAAUAAUAAUAAUAAUAAUAAUAAAUAUGAAACAUUAAAAUUAGAUAAAGAAUUGAAUCAAGGAAAUGAGGAUAACGUUAUAAAGACGGUAAUUGGGAAUAACACGGAAGUUAGUAAUAAUAACUUAUUAGAUGAUACAAACAAUAAAUUAAACGAAAUAAAAACAAAUAUAUCUACGGUAGAUCACCAAGAACACAAUUUAGUAAAUAAAAAAAACGAAACGAAUAGUUCAUCUAAUGACAAUAUUUCACAUAAUAAAACACCAAUGCAAUCAAAUAAAUUACUUACAUCAUUACAAGAUGAUAAAACAAAAAAAAAACCUAUCAAAUUUAAUAUAGCUACAUGUGGUGCUGACGAAUUCGUACAUUUGUGGAGAAUAUUUAUAAAAGAUGAUAUUUCAAUUAAAUGCUUAGGUAGAUUUAUAGGUCAUAGUGGUGAAAUAAAUUGUGUUCGCUUUAACAAAAAUGGUAGGUAUAUAGCAAGUGGGGGAGAAGAUAAAUUUUUAUAUAUAUGGGAAAAAAGUAAAAAACCAAAAAAUAUACCAUUAGGUUAUGAUAUAAGCUUUUUAGAUUAUAAAGAAUGGUGGAAUGUCGUAGGGUCUUUCAGAUGUAGUGGUGUAAUAAAUAGUAUUAUUUGGUCAAAUAAUGAUACCUUAUAUGUAGCAAAUGAAGAUAAUAAUAUCAAUAUUAUUGAUUUUGUAAAAAAUACAAACUGUAAAGUACAAGUCUUAGAAGGACAUUCAGGCAUUAUUCAAGGAAUUUCAUUUGACAAUAAUUAUGAAUAUUUAGCAUCUCUUAGCGCUGAUCAAACAUUAAAAAUAUGGAAAAAGAAAAAUGAUGGAAAAUCAUGGAAAUUAGAAAACUCCAUAAAAAAUAUAAGAAGAGAUGAAUUGGAUAAACUUAAUAAUGCAUGCACCACAUGUAAUGAAUAUGAUUUUCCUGAUAAAAAUAAUACGGACAAAUACGAAUCCAAUACUUUAAAACAAGAAAAUAAAAAAUUAAUAAAUUAUGAUUUAUUCGAACAAGAAGCAUAUAAAAAAAAAACAAAAAACAAAAAAGAACAAGCAGAUCAAGACGAAGAAGAAGCAAAUAAUAACGAGGAUGUAGAAGAACAACAAACGGAUGUAGGAGAAGAACAUAUAGAAGGACAUCUCAAUAAUAAUAUAGUGCUUAACUCAAAUAUUUACAAAAUGAACAACUCCAAUAAUAUUAAAAUGAAUAACUCCAAUACAUUCAAAAUGAACAAUUCUUAUAAUCAAGAAAAUAAUUUUAAACCAUACCAACAAAUACAUACCAAGUUUAUGUCAAAAAAACAUCUAGAAGAUGGAGAAGAAGAACAAGAAGAAGAAGAAGAAGAAAAGAAAUUCAAAAGGAGUCUUUUUUCAAGCGAGGAGAUGCUACCUUCCUUUUUCAGACGUAUUGAUUUUUCUCCAAACGGGGAAUUUUUAAUAACACCUAGUGGUAUUCAAUUUGAACAAGUGGAAAAAGUUAACGAGAAAAAUAAUAAAAUCGAUGAAAAUGCUAAACCAAAUUAUGAAAUUAAAGCUUAUAGCUGCUUUUAUAUAUAUCAUAAAAACUUAUUUUUAAAAUAUAAUAUUCCUUUUUUUACCAUAUUUUCACAAACAAGCCAUUUCUUAGUAGCCAAAUUUAAUUAUAAUACAUUCAAAUUAAGAACAGAACAAAAUAUUCUUAAAAGAUGUUAUGAACAUUUUCUUAAUAACCUAUCUGAUGUAAAUGAUGAAGAUAUAUCAAAUUCAAAUAAAAAAAGAAAAAUAUCUGAUGAUAAUUUAAAAUUAAAUGAGUUAAUGUAUAAUGAAAAGCUAAUCAAAUUGAAUUAUGAAAAAACUCUAUUAUAUAAUCAUAUUGAUAUACCUGAUGAUGUAAGUCAAGUUGUUAGUAGUACCAUAACAGAAAGUGAUGUUGAAUUUAAUGAAGAUAAAGUAUCCUUGAAGGAAUUAGCCGCCGAAAAUUGCUUAAUGAAAAAUACGGAAAGGAAUGAGGAUGGAAAUGAUGAAGAUAAUACAGAAGAAAAUGUUGAAGACAAAAAAGAUGAUGCAAAGGAAGAAAAAAAAGAUGAUUCAAAGGAAGAAAAAAAAGAUGAUUCAAAGGAAGAAAUAAAAGAUGAUUCAAAGGAAGAAAAAAAAGAUGAUUCAAAGGAAGAAAAAAAAGAUGAUUCAAAGGAAGAAAAAAAAGAUGAUUCAAAGGAAGAAAAAAAAGGUGAUUCAAAGGAUGACACAAAGGAAGAAUCAAAUGACCAAACAAGGGAAGAAUCAAAAAAAGAAAACGAAUUAAAUAUAAAUAACAAAUUGAAUGCAGAUGAAGAAGAAGGGAAAAAUGAUAUCAUGGACAAAUAUAAUGAUAACAAUGAUAAUGUUGAAAUAUUAAAUGAACAAGAUGCUUCAAGUGAACUUAAAGAUAAAAAGGAGGAAAGAUUUAUAUAUACAUUAGGAACAUUUGAUGGAAGUGUAUAUUUUUAUGAUAGUGAGAUUCUUGAUAUACCCAUUAGUAUAGUUAAGAAUAUACAUUUAUGUCCUAUAACAGAUAUAUCUUGGAAUAAUUUAGGUAACGUUUGUGCAUGUUCAAGUUCAGAUGGGUAUGUUAGCUUUUAUCACUUUAAUAAUAAUGAAUUAGGAAAUAUUAAAUCUUAUAAAAAUUACUAUUUGGAUAAAAAAUGCAAUGAUUUAACAUUCGAUCAAAAUUAUUUUAAAAACACUUUUUAUGAUGAAGUAGAGUUUUUAAAUAAAGAUGAAUCUAAUGAUUAUACGUCUAGCGAGGAUGAAUUUGAUGAUCAUAAUUUAAUUCCUCCUAAAGAAGAAACAAAAGUGAAAAGAAUUAAUUUAAUAGUUGGUAAUGCAGCAAAUUUUGUCUUAUCGCAAAAUACUAAGAAAUGA